CCUCCGAUCCCCCGCCCCCGAGAAUGAUCGAAAUCAUCGCCAACGACCGCCUCGGCAAGAAGGUGCGUGUCAAGUGCGACCCCACCGACACCAUCGGCGAUCUCAAAAAGAUCAUUGCGUUGCAGACCGGCACCCAGUGGGAGAAGAUUGUCUUGAAGAAGUGGUAUACAAUCUACAAGGACCACAUCACUCUGGAAGACUACGAGAUCCACGACGGCAUGAGCUUGGAGAUGUACUAUGCGUAACGGCAUCGAUUUACCCGAGUCGCUUCGACAGCAACGCUUCGGAUCGGUCAGCGGUUUCCCGGGUGCGCCCUGUCAUACUCCGUUGAACUCCCAUUCUAUCACCAUCACCACCCCCCAGACUCUCAUCACCGUCCCGCACCGAUUCAAUGCCCUUGCCAUGGGCUCCUGUGCGGUGGCGGAUGGUCUGGCUGCAGAGCGACUGGCACCUCUUCCUCGUGUACACAUAUCAUGAUCCAGUGUCAUAGGUUUCCAAGCCUGCUUGAUCUGUCCAUUUCUUGGAAGCGAUGGAUUCUCGUCUUUGUGAAACUUGGAUGUUUGGUCUCUCAAAAGUUUCUUACUCUUCGGGCAGAGCCGAUGGAUUGUGUCGUCACAUCGAUCCAGCCUUCAAUCGCCCAUAUUGCCGGAGGGGGGGGGCUUGUGUCCGCAUCAAUCGAUCGGAGACGUGGACGGGAGGGCGC